UUCAACUCUUUGUGUUUGUGAAGCUCAAUAAGAUCAUCCAACGUAUACUUUUAUUCUCAAGAGAGAGAACAAAAAAGAUGAUGGGAUUAUUGUCAUCAAGAGGCUUCAAAUUCAUUGCAGCCAAAAAUGGGUUGGUGCCAAGGUCAUCAUCCAUCCUCCUCUAUUCAACUUUUGAAAGGAAGCUGCAAGGCAAAGUGGCGGUGAUAACAGGAGGGGCAAGUGGCUUGGGGAAGGCCACGGCCGGAGAGUUCAUCCGGCAAGGCGCAGAAGUCGUCAUAGCCGACAUAGACGAGGAGCUCGGUCCCAGAGCUGCGGCCGAGCUCGGCUCCUCGGCCGAUUUCAUCAGCUGCGAUGUCACGGUGGAGGACCAAGUCGCUAAGGCCGUGGAGUCCGCCCUGAAACGCCAUGGGAAACUCGACGUUUUUCUCAACAGCGCAGGAUCAGCUUGUGCGAUAUCACCGCCAAGCAUAGCAGAUCUGGACAUGGAAGAGUUCGACAGAGUGAUGAGACUGAACGUGAGAGGGACCGUCUUAGGGAUAAAGCACGCGGCCAAGGCCAUGAUCCCGGCCGGGUCAGGCUCCAUCCUAUGCAUCUCCAGCAUCAGCGGCCUAAUGGGCGGUCUAGGGCCGCACUCCUACACCAUCUCCAAAUCCGCGAUCCCGGGCAUCGUCAGGUCGGCGGCCAGCGAGCUGUGCAAGCACGGGGUAAGGACAAACUGCAUAUCUCCGGCGGUUGUCCUGACCCCGCUGACCGUACGGACGCUGAGGCAGGCGUUUGAGGCGGCAGGGGUUAGGACAGGCGGGGAAGAGGAACAGCUGGCGGAGAUAGUGAAGGGGACGAGCGAGUUGAAGGGAGAGAGGUGCGAGGAGAGGGACGUGGCCAAGGCUGCUUCGUAUCUGGCGUCUGAUGAUUCCAAGUUUGUGACCGGACAUAACCUUGUCGUCGAUGGUGGCCUCACUUGUUUCAAGCACCUUAACCUCCCUUCUCCUUAAGUUUAGAUUGUGUGGUCCAAGAUGUCGUAAUCUAGUUUAACUUUUGAAUGAUAAGAAUCUGUAUUUCCUUCCCAUAAUAUUUGAUUAUGAUCUAUC